UCCUGUCGUGUUUGGUUGUAAACACCAGAAUGAAUGCUGUGACACUGGAGGCAAUGUGACCACUCGUUCUUGAACUUUGUCACGGGGUUUUCACGCUUAGUUAUUAAUAUGACACGAGAGAAGACACACUUACAGAGGGAUGCGGGCUGUUAGGUGAACGUGUACGCCUGUUUUGUCACCUCCACGAACGAUCUCUUGAGUUAUGGUGGGGAUUCUCCAAAGAAUGUCAGGACUGAGGGCAGCUCUCCGAUAUCUGAGCGCCCAUCGUGUCUUCUCAUCGACGGCCAGAGCCAGACUUUCGUCUGCGGGCCUCUGCAGUCCUGUCCUCACCUGCAGCUCGGGACAGUUCUUGUUCUCCAGUCGUCAGGUUCAUGCUGGAGCAGAUGCACCAAAGCCGUCUCCCUCUGCAGCCCCAGAGAGGCUGCCUUUCUCCAGAGUGACUCUGCAAGAUCUGGACUUCUUCAGGAAGGUGUUACCGGGGAGGACAAUCACUGACCCAGACCUGCUGGAGUCAAGUAAUGUGGACUGGCUCAAGACAGUGAGAGGCUCCAGUGAAGUGUUGUUGAGACCUCAGACCACAGAAGAAGUUUCUCAAAUUCUCAGUUAUUGUAACAGUCGUAACUUGGCGGUCAACCCUCAAGGAGGCAACACCGGGCUGGUGGGGGGCAGUGUUCCAGUCUACGACGAGAUUGUCCUCUCCACUGCUCUCAUGAACAACGUCCUCACUUUUGACAGCAUCUCUGGGAUUCUGACCUGCCAGGCAGGUUGUGUCCUGGAGAACUUGUCCCUCUAUCUGGAGGAAAGAGAUUUUAUAAUGCCACUGGAUCUGGGGUCAAAGGGCAGUUGUCAAAUAGGGGGGAAUGUUGCGACUAAUGCAGGUGGGCUACGGCUGCUGCGCUACGGCUCCUUACGUGGGACCAUUCUGGGUCUGGAAGUGGUGCUGGCCGAUGGACGUGUGCUGGACUGUUUGACAAAGCUGCGGAAAGAUAAUACAGGAUAUGACCUCAAACAGCUGUUUAUAGGGUCAGAGGGCACACUGGGGGUCAUCACGGCAGUGUCUGUGCUUUGUCCACGGAAACCAAAGUCUGUCAACGUGGUUUUCCUGGGUUGUGAGACCUUCGAGCAGCUGCUGCAGACAUUUCAGCUCUGCAGAGGAAUGCUGGGAGAAAUCCUGUCAGCGUUCGAGUUCCUGGACAGUGAGUGUAUGAGGCUGUUGAACACGCAUCUAAAAAUGUCCAAUCCCAUAUCUGACUGUCCGUUCUACGUCGUCAUUGAAACAUCUGGAUCAGACUCAACGCACGACGGAGAAAAACUCCAGAACUUUCUAGAGGAGGCAAUGAAUUUGUCUAUGGUCGCUGACGGAACUGUUGCCACGGAGGACUCCAAAAUAAAGGCUCUGUGGUCAAUGCGUGAACGAGUCACAGAGGCGUUGACUCACGAAGGCUACACCUACAAGUAUGACAUCUCACUUCCUGUGGAGCAGAUCUACCAGCUGGUGACAGACAUGAGGACACACCUGGGAGACCAGGCCAAGAGUGUGGUGGGAUAUGGACAUGUGGGUGACGGGAACGUCCACUUAAACGUCACCUCUCCUGCCAAAGAUCCCGCUCUCGUCGCUGCCAUCGAGCCGUUUGUCUACGAGUGGACGGCGAAGCGUCAGGGCAGCGUGAGUGCCGAGCACGGACUGGGCCUGAAGAAGAGGAACUACAUCUACUACAGUAAACCCAGCCAGGCCGUGGCACUCAUGGGAAACAUCAAGGCCAUGCUGGACCCGAAAGGCAUUCUCAACCCAUAUAAGACUUUACCAGACGACCUGAAAUGACCCACUCUCAUCGCUC